GAUAUACUGGAGGGCUUGCAGAGCGCCGAGCCGAUGGCAGAGAAGUUGAAAGGACAACUCAACGACCUGGUGCGGUACUCCAGAGACCUGGGCUCACACUCUGACCGAGUCACUGCACUUAUCAAACAGCACAACAGCCUCAGUCUACGGGCAUCCAGGGAGUGUCAAAAUAAGGAGCGUUUGUUGGAGCAGAGGUUCCGCGCAGCAUUGAGAGACUUCCAACAGUGGCUGGUCAACGCCAAAAUCAGCACCGCCAAAUGCUUUGAUGUUCCACAAAGUGUUGCCGAAGCCUCCACCGCUCUGCUCAGGAUCCAAGAGUUUCUGAGUGACAGGGAGCAUGGCCAGGCCAGGCUGAGUACAGUGGGGGCCAGCGGGGAGCUGCUGAUGGCUGUGGUGUCCAAAGACAGGGUGGAGGGAAUCAAGGCCAAGGUGGCAAACACCAGAGAAGACUGGAUGAGCCUGAUGAAUAACCUGCAGCUGAGGGAGGAUGCACUCAAGAACCUGCAGUCCCAGAUGAUGGAGUUUGAGGCCAGUGCUGAGCCUCUGCAGGACUGGCUGAACAGCACAGAGGUCAGAGUUCAGGAGAGCAGCGCCCGGCUACACGACCUUCCAGCCAAGAAACAGGAGCUCAGCAAACUGCAGUGUGUUCUGGAGGAGAUGGCGGGUCGGGAGGCAGAGCUGGGCGGUCUCAGGGAAAGAGCUCAUCGUCUCUGGGAGGGACAAGCAGCCGGAAAGGGCUUCGUCCACCGUGUAUCCCAGCUGUCAGCACAGUACCUAGCCCUCAGCAACUUAACCAAGGAUAAGGCCUCCAGGAUUGAACGUAUUGUCGGAGAGCACCGCCUCUUCUCUCAGGGCCUCAAAGAGCUCCAGGAUUGGGUGUGUGAAGCCCAGCGGGUCCUCCACACCUGCAACACCACCACCACGGACAAGAGCGUGUUAGAGGACCGGAUGUUACAGCUGGAAGCCUUGCUGGCUGCUCGUCAGGAGAGGGAGAUCCAGCUAAAGAUGCUCCUGACGCGGGGAGAAGCAGUCCAGAGGAACACUUCGGCCGAGGGGGUCCCGGUGAUUCGCAAACAGAUCCAGGACCUCAAAGACUCCUGGGACUCCCUGCUCUCUGCCUCCAUUCAGUGUAAAAGCCAGCUGGAGGGCGCUUUGUCGCAGUGGACCAGCUAUCAGGAGGACGUGGGUCAGUUUGUGCUGUGGAUGGACCGAGUCGAGGAAACACUUAGCUGCUCUGAUAGACAGUACUCUGAGAUGAGAGACAAGACCGCUAACCUGGGAAAGACCAAGCUUCUCUAUGAAGAAGUACUGAGUCACAGCAGUCCUCUGGAGACCAUUGCCACGAAGGGAUCCAAUAUGGCUGAACACUACACUACCAAGCAGGAGGUGCAGCAGCUGCAAUGUAGAUACAAUGCCCUCAAAGAAAAGGCCAAGAAUGCAGUCGGUAAGGCCAAAGGGCUGGUGCUGGUCCAUCAGGAAUAUCAGAGGGGCUUACAUGUGUUUGAGGACUGGCUGGAGCAGGAACAGGCCACUCUGGCCUCGUUGUCCCACCCUGAGGGAAACGUGGAAACACUAGAGAAGACACUGCAAGAGCUACAGCUCCUGCAGGAACACUGCUCAAACGGCCAGUCUUUGCUCUCCUCUGUGCUGAGCAGCAGAGAGAGGGUAAUCCCCUGGGGUAUACCUCAGAUCGAGGACCGAGCGUUGGACACCGCUCAGAGGGAGUGGGGGGCCUACCAGGGUCGCCUGGAGGAGACCCAGAACCAGCUGAGCUCCACGCUGACCAGACUGAGGCAGAUGGGCCAAAGGUUCCUGAGCCUGGCCCAGUGGCUGCAGGAGAUGGAGAAGGUGGCAAACCUCAGAGGUCAUCGGAGGUCAGACAGAGGCACCAAAGAGACUCAGCUGAAGAAACUCAAGGGGAGUCUUGAGGCGGUGCUUUCGCGGCAGGGAGAAGUCGACGGCCUCUCCUCUCUGGCUCAGCAGGUUCUGGAGGAAACCUACAUCAGUAGUCGUGUCAGCGUUACUGCCACCCAGCUCACUGCCCGCUACCAUUCCCUGCUGUUCAACAUACAGGACACCAUCAAGCAGCUUCAGGAGGAGCUGAAGAGCAUUGAAGAGGCUGAAAAUCUCUGCAUAUCCUUCACUGACUGGCUCAGCUCCACGCAGAAAAGCUUCACAGCGUUAACUAACAGUUCUGAAUCUCUGGACCGGGUCGCCAUGGACAAGAAGAUGAAAAAAAUAGAGACUCUCCAGUCUGAACUCCAACAUGGUCACCGUUUCCUGAAAUCACUGAGGGAGCGAGCGGAGAAGGCAGCAGGCUUCCUGGACGAGGCGGGCGCUGAGAGUUUAGGAGGGGAGGUGGAGGCUCGCCUUGCCCAGCUGGAGGAGCUCGCCGGUGGGCUGAGGACGGAGCACAGCUUCCUGCAGCGGUCGCUACUGCUGGCGAAGGAGUUCCAGGACCGCUAUAAGGCUCAGGCCCAGUGGCUGCUGGAGACCAGGGCUAUGCUCAGCUCCCCUGUGGAGCCCAAAGCUGAGCUGUACCAACGGAGAGCACUGCUGGCUAAGUAUAAGGCUCUGUUGCAAACGGUUCAGUCCCGUGACGGAUCCAUCAGGUCGGUGGUGGAGAAAGGAGACGCUCUGCUGUCUUCCGUCCACUACCCCUCCAUCAGAGAGAAAAUGAACAGAAUGCAAAGGGACUACACGGAACACUGUCAUUCUGCCAUGGCGCAUGUGGAGAAUCUAGAGGUCCAGGUGAAGGAACAGGAGGCUUACCACAACGAGCUCCAAGAUGUGGAGCGCUGGCUGCUCCAGAUGUCCAGCCGGAUGGUGACUCCUGAUCCAGCUGUGGGCGGCAGCCUGGAUGCAGCAACGCAACAGCUGUCCAGGCACAAGGCCAUCAUGGAGGAAAUAGCACGCUUUGAGGAUCGCUUGGUGGGCCUGAAGGAGCGAGGAGACCACCUGGUACAAGGCUGCAGCGAUCGUGUGCAGAGCAGGCUGAGACAGCAGGUCCAGGCUCACCAGCAAGGCGCCAAAGACAGCUACUCUGCCAUCUGUAGCACAGCACAGAGAGUGUAUCAAAGCCUGGAUCAUGAGUUACAGAGACAUGUGAGUCUCCAUGACACUCUGCUGCAGUGCCAGGCCUGGUUAACUACAGUCUCAGAGGAACCAGAACCUCCUGCACACCCCCCUCUCAGCCUGGAGAUGGCCCUACAGCAGGUGAAGCAUGAGCGGGCUCUCCAGGAACAGGCCGGCACUUACCUCCAGCUUCUGUGCUCAGCGUGUGACCUGUCUGAGCUGAGGGUCAGAGGGACAGCUGCAGCUAUCCAGCAGGUCAAACUGCAGAUUGAGGAGCGUAUGCUGCUUUGUGAGGAGGUGGCUGACAGCUGGAGGGACAUUGAGGAGCAGAAGGCAGAUCUGGAGGUCCAGCUGAGAGAGACAGAGCAGCAUCUUCAGAACCUCAUCAGGAGACCCGCAGAGCUGGAGCCUAAGAUCGCACAGAACCAGCUGGACAAGGCACAGGAAUUCCUACAGCAGAUUAGGGAGAAACAGUCUGAGGUAACGCAUCUGAGUGAAGUGGUUGGUCGGCUGUCAGACGGACAGGUCUCUCCUGCCUUGGAGGAGAUAAGGAGACUGAGGAGGAGCUGGAUGGAUCUGGGCCAGCAGGCAGAAGAACUGGAGUCCCAGCGCGGGGAGGACAUGCAGCGCAGCGUGGAGUACCAGGAGAUUGUUGUCACUGUGGAGGAACUCUUCCACCAAGUCUCCAGGGAAUGGGACUAUCUCGCCAGGGCUGACACGGAGAGUACAAGUGAGCAUCUAGAGGCUUUGAGGAAACUCUCCAGUGACCUCGAGGAGCAGAGAGCAACUCUAGAAGACCUCAGAGAACAGAGACAAGCCAUCCUGCCUCGACUCAGCCUGCUAGACAAGGAGCUGGUCAAGCAACAGGUUGGUCAUCUGGAGCAGCGCUGGUCCCAGCUUGAAACCCUGAUUCAGCAGAAGAUCCAGGACUCUGCUCAGACACUAGAGGAUCUGUCGCGGGUUGAAACCCAGCUGAGGGAUGCCCGGGAGUGGGUGAAGGAGCAGCGGCCUGCUUUUACCUCUGUGCUGAAAACCAGCCCACCCCCCGACCAGGCCCAGAGUUUCCUGUUUGACCACCUGAGUGUGUGCGUGGAGCUGGAGGCCCGUCAGCAGCUGCUGGGCCAGGCAGUGAGUGAGGCCCAGGCUGUGGCUUCCAGGCUGGGGCUGAGUGAGAAGAGGUUCCUGCAGGAGCUCGUUGAACAAGCCCAGACUGAGGUGGAGGCUCUGGGGGCUCGAGUGGCCCAGAGGAGGAAGUACCUCAGCAAGGCCUUCACAGAGAGGACACAGUUUCUUCAAGGCCUGGGCCGAGCCCUGUCUUGGGUGCAGCAGCAGGAGAGGAGGGCUUUGAUAGAUGACCACAUUGCUCUUCUCCCUGAGGACCUAGCUAAACAGGUCGCUGCCUGUCGGGGCGUCCAGAGUGGUUUACGAGCUUACCAGAGAGAGCUGGCAUCUCUGUGGGUACAAGGGCGGGAGCUAGAGAGAGAUGCCAGUGACAAAGAGAGAUCGGAAACCCUGUCGACACUUGAGAAGCUGCAGGCAGUGUUUGAAACCGCCCUCCAGAGGACAACCCAGCGUGUCACAGGCUUGGAGAAAGCCUUGACCUCCAGGAAGUACUUCCAGGUCGACCUGGAUAAGAUUUGCCACUGGUUGAGACGAGCAGAUGUCGUCACUUUCCCUGAAAUCAAUUUAAGCAACAUUGAAGAAAACUCGGAGUUGCAAACACAACUGUCGAGCUUUCAGAAUGUCCUCGAACAAGCUUCAGAGUACGAAAACCUUCUUCUAAUCGUCCAAAGAAUAGGCCAGGAGAUCCUCCCUACUCUGAACGGGAUCGAUCAUUGCUACCUAGAUGAGAGGCUCAACGCUCUGCCUCAGCAGUACAACGCCAUCCUAGCUCUAGCCAAAGAGAAAAAAGACAGAGUCCAGCAGAUAAUCUUAGAGCGAAAAGAGUUCAGCACUUUCUUCGAUAUCACUGGUAAUGCACUGGAGGAGCUUCAGGAUCAGUUUGACAAUCUGGAGAAGCAGACUAUCAGUAUUAGAGAGGAGGAACUUGUCUUACGUCUCAUUAAUGAAUACAGAAACAUUAAUGAGAGUUUGUUCCAUAUUACCCCUGCUGUGAGAGAGCUUCAUGGUAAAUGUGAGGGGUUUCUCAGCAGGGGUCAGCAAUACAGAGCUGAAGAGACAUUGCACCUGGUCAGUCUCCACAACAAACUAAAACGGAUGAUUGAACAGAAACUUAAACACUUUGAUGAUUGCUUGAAACCACUCGUUGAACACAACAGAGUAUCAAACAAGAUGGAAUCAGAGUUUGAAUCUGUGAAAGAGAAGCUGGAAGGCCUUAAGUCAGACGAAGAACUAGGUACCAUGGAUCAAAUCACAAGCCUUUAUUCGCUGCUUGAAUGUCUGGAUCGUGUGAGAUAUCAGGCCGAAGAAUGUAACCAACAAACUAAAGACCUCGGAGGUCUGACGUUUGAUCCUGUUGCCUUUCAGGAAACUACACUGCAGCUUGAAUCAUUGCAGUCCUUACGGUGUGGAGUAAAGAGUUUUGUGGAUGAAAGUGAAACGAAGGUCAGAAAGAAUGACGGUUUUAAAAAGGAGACAGAGAAAAUGUUGGAUUGGCUGAGGACUAUCAAGGACAAAUUGGAAGAGCCUUUGACUCUAUCAGAAGUUAGAAUUGAGAAAGUACAUGAGGAAGUGUGGAAAAUGAAGAUCGUAGAAGAGCAAGUGAAAAGUAAAUGUAGGAUAAUAGAUGCCUUAGGUAGCAGAGAGAAGCAAAGUUAUAGUAGUAGAAAGAACCCCGUUCCUGCCCACAUAGAAGAGAAACUACAGGAGCUGGAAAAUCUGGGAGCUGAAGUUCAUCAAGGAAUUAAUAAAAAACAGCUGGCUGUGGAUCAAGCUCUCUCCCUCGUCCAGAGGCACGUCUUAUCUCUGCAGUCCAUGCAGAAAUGCCUGGACUCUGCUGCAGAUUUGCUCCAGAAGGCCAGCGUGGGGGUGGAUCUUGAGAACCAGACAGACUGUGUUCGGGACCUGGAGGACCUUUCAGCCCAGGAAAAUAACUUCACAGCUGGUCUAGAGGAGCUGAGGACUUUGGAUCCUCUGCUGGAGGAUAUUAUCGAAGCAGAGGCCAUGGGUGAACUUCGAGAAAAAGUUGAGGGAAUGCAGCUGAGAAACACAGAAUUCAAACAACACCUGGAUGCUUACAGAGAGGUUCUGCAGAGUUGUGAAGCUCUAUGGGCCUCCUUCCAACAUGAGAAGGAAACACUAGUUGAACAGAUGAAUGACGCAGAGAGCAAGCUGGCCAUGUUCACAACAGCCAAAGCUGUUAGUAUCCAGCAGGCGGAGGAAAAGUGCCAGAGAUACAAGUCCCUCGCGGCUCACAUCGACCUGCUAGAGCUGCCUCUGAAUGCUAUGAGAGAGAACGCAUCAGAGUUGGAACAGAUCAUCUCCGAGUCCUGCAAAGCCGUCAUCAGCCACUCUGUAUCGUCACUGUGGCAACGGUGGACCCGGCUCCGCAGUGUGGCCCGAGCUCAGGAGAGGGCACUGGAGGACACGGCGAGGGAGUGGAGGAACUUCACUGACAAGAUGGAGAAGGUGCGCUCUGUGUCCCAAGACCUCCACAGCCGAGUCCCAGACGGCACAGUUGAGAAAGCUGCCACCAGGGCGGCGCUGCAGAGCCUGCUGGAGUACCACGACUCCUUCAGCCUGGAGGUGGAGAGGGAGCAGUCCAUCCUGGCCCUGCUGGGGCAACACACCCGCAGCCUCAGAGGAGAGGAGGAGGCCACGGAGAAAAAGACAGAGAACGGACACGAAGAGACACCCUGCCUGCAAGAGAUCAGAAGCAUGCAGGAGCAAUAUGACAGUCUCGUGUGUCGGGUACGAGGCAGCAGGGCUCAGGUACACCAGGAGUUGAGGGAGAGGGAGGAGGUUGAGAAGGAGCUGGGUUUGGUCAAAGGCUGGAUCCAAGAUACUCGGGGCUUACUGCUGAGUCCCACUGCAGACCUGGACUCACUGCUGCAGGAGCUAGAGACCGCACAUGGUGAGGUCAUCAGCAGGCGACAGAGUGUGGAGCGCAUGACAGAGCUGCAGCAGUCCAAAUACCAGGACCUGCAGGCCGGGCUGCCCUCUGAGCUCAGCAUGCAGCUGGCCGAGGUGGCGCUGGCUCUGGGCUCCGCUGAAGACCAGGUCCAGGCGAGAGAAAGGGAAGUGCAGCAGACCAGAGAUGUGAAAGAAGACUUUAGCUUCAGACUCCAGGACAUCGAGGCGAAGCUGAAGUCCAUCGCUCUGAAGUUGGAAGACAAGGCUGCCGACCUGGAGGAGGCCAAAGAAGAGACCAAAGCUCGUUGUGAAGAGUGUGAAUGCUGCGGGCGCUCUCUGGCAGAGCUAGGAGCAGCGGUGCAGGAGUUUGGGGAGCAGAACCCUCUGCUAUGUAAGCAGCUGGGCGAUGCUGUGGCCAAACUUUCAGAGGUGCAGCGCAACACAGCGCAGCAGGUCCAGGACAGAGCCAACAGACUGAAGAAGGCACAGAGACAGGUGGAGGAAUAUCACGGUAUGAAGGCGUUCAUUUUGGGCUGGACAAAAAAGGCAGAAGAUCUGGUCACCGGCUGUAUCAUCUGGGGCUCUGCGUCUCAGCUGCAGGAGCAAAUUCGAGCUCACCAGGCGUUGCUGCGGGAAUGUCGGGGUCUCCAUGGUGAUUUGGAGGCAAUGGGGGAGAGGGAGAGGCAGCUGGGGGAGGUGUUGCAGACGGAGGGGUGGAUCCAGCAGGUGAAACAGCUCAGCAGGCGCACAGAGGAGCUGCAGCAACAUGCCAAGACCCGCCUCCAGAGUCUGCAGGAUGCUGCAAAGGACAUGUUGCGUUUGGAGGCGGAGGUGAAGAUCCUCCAUGCUGCUGUGGACCAGAUCCAGAUCACACUCGCCUCCCCAGACCUCAACAGGCUCAGCCUCAGAGAGCAGCUCACACAGAGACAGCGUCUGUUGGUGGAAAUGGAGGGCUUCAAGCAGCAGGUGGCGGCAGUGCAGCAGUGUCAGAGCGCCCUCCGGCUGCCAGAGGAGGCAGUGGCCAGCCUGCCCGUCUGCCGCACAGCUCAGACUCUGCAGCAGGAGGCCAGCCAACUGCAGCACACCACCAUCCAGCAGUGCAACAUCCUGCAGGAGGCUGUGGUGCAGUACGAGCAGUACGAACAGGAAGUGAAGAACCUCCAGAGAUUAAUAGAAGAGGCUCACCGCAUCAUUCAGGACCGGCCCGUCUCCACCAGCAACAUUCAGGAACUUCAGGCUCAAAUACACCACCAUGAGGAGCUAGCCCAGAAGAUCCGUGGCUACCAGGAGCAGAUCGCCUCGCUCCACUCCAAGUGUAAGAUGCUGACAGUGAAAGCCAAACACGCAACCAUGCUGCUGACGGUGAACGAGGUGGAGGGCCUGUCGGACGGCGUGGACGAGCUGAGUGAUGAGGAGCUGCCCGGCUCAGUGGCAACCACCAACGGCAACGCCAACAAGCAGCUUCCAGCACACCCCUCUGUCGUCAUGAUGACAGCAGGCCGCUGCCACACACUCCUCUCCCCUGUGACGGAGGAGUCAGGGGAGGAGGGCACCAACAGCGAGGUCUCCUCUCCCCCUGCCUGCCGCUCCCCCUCCCCAGGGGCUAACGCUGAAACCCCUUUUAACCAGGGUCGAGGUGCCUUGAGUCGAGCGCCCCUCCAGGAGCUGUACGACCCGUCAAUGGAGACCAGUGCUGCUAACCUGGACGACCUGCAGAGAUCCUGGGAAACACUCAAGAACGUGAUCAGUGAGAAGCAGAAGAGUCUGUACGAGGCUCUGGAGCGGCAGCAGCAUUAUCAGGAGUCCCUCCAGUCCAUUUCCACUAAGAUGGAGUCCAUCGAGGCGGCGCUCAAUGAAGGCCUGGACCCUACCAAAACCCCAGAGAGCCAGAUGGCUGCACACCAGGCUCUGAUGGAUGAGAUCAUGAUGCUGCAGGAGGAGAUUGGCGAGUUACAGAUGUGCUUCUCUGAGGAGUUGGCAGACAGCGACAGUGACGGGGAGCCAGGAGACCAACUGGCUCUGCAGUCUACCCUCACUGUGCUGGGAGAGAGGAUGGCCACCAUUCGAAUGAAGGCUUCUGGGAAACGGCAGCUGCUGGAGGAGAGACUGAGUGAACAGCUGGAGGAGCAGAGACAGGAACAGGCACUGCAGCGGUACCACAGUGAGGCCGAGGAGCUCGACCAUUGGCUGCUCAGCACUCGUGCCACUAUAAGCUCAGCACUUCAACCGCUGAACGAGGACUUGGACAUGGAGGAGCAGCUCAUCGACUGUCAGAAUAUGCUGUUUGAGAUCGAGCAGAAGGUGUCGUAUCUCUCCGAGCUGUCCAUCCACAGCGAGAGCUUGCUGUUAGAGGGCCGGGCUGAGACCAAGGGAGAGGCGGAGCAACUCGCUUUCAAGCUGCGCUCCCUCAAAGACAGCCUGAUGGAGCUGCAGCAGAUGUUGCAGGACAAACAAAUUGGCAUACAGGGUUCAUUGCAGGAGCAGGAGGAUAGUGAGCCAGACUCAUCUCUGUCUCAGAGUCCCAAUGUUCAGGAAUGGCUAUCCCAGGCUAGAACAACACGCACACAGCAGCAUCACAACAACCUUCUUCGACAGAGGGAGCUGCAGCAGCAAGUAGCUGAUCAGAAGAGGCUGCUGCAGUCUGUAGCCAGCGCUGGAGAGGAGUUACUCAGCCAACAGACCACACCCAAUGGGGACAGUGAGAUGUCCAUCCCAGGAGGAGUGUUGUUGGAGUCUGAGACUUUGUCUCCGCUGGAGCAGAUGAGGCAGCGCUGGGAAAACCUGAAUAAAGACCAGAGCACGAAGCUGCAGCUCUCCCUCAACUCCCUGGAACAGGACCAGCUUAGCCCGGUGCUCCACCGGUCCCGUCUGUCCAGCCCCAACGUUGUGUUCAGAGGUGUUUGUGCCAGCCAGGACUCUCGCUCUCCCAGAGCUUUGUUCGAGGCCUGCAGUCAGACUCUGGAAAUAAUCGCCCUUGAGACGGCAGAUGGUGACAGGAAACGUAAAUCUUCUUCUGGAGAAACAAAAAUCCAGCAGGAUCUGUAUGCUGCAGUUUCAGCAGCCUCCUCCUGGUUAGAUGCUGCGGAGAAUCAGCUGCUCUCUGGUCCUGUGCUGCUGUCUGAAGAUACAUCGACACAACUCACAAACCUAGAGGGUCUGAAUAAACAGCUAAAGGAGAUGACCGGGGAAGUGAACCAGUGCAGAGAACUUCUGGGCGGAGGAGCAGGUCGGCUCUGUGGAGGAGAGGAGCAAGAACUGAUGGAGGACACACUGGAAGGCCUGCAGGAGAGGAUGGGGCUACUGGAUGCCACUCUGGACCAGCACUGUGACUCCAUGAGGGACAGGCUGCAGGAACACUCAACCUAUCAGAAUGAACUGAGGAUGCUGUUCACAGCUCUGAGUGAGAGUAAACACCAGCUGCUUCAGAAGAUGGCUAGAACUGUGGACAGACCUGCAUCCAAACAGAUAGAGACAUUAUCAGAGGUGGAUGAUAGUCUGAGGGAGUUUGAGCAGAGAGUGACGGAGAUGAAGACAAGGGCAGAGGGACUACAAUCUGACCAAAUCGCUCACCAAGAACUUCUCAAACUACAGGAUGCCUAUGAGGAGCUGGUGCUGAUGGUGGGCUCCAGACGUAGCAGCCUGAACCACGGCUUGUCUCUCAAGGCUCAGUAUGAAGCUGCACUCCAUGACCUCACAGACCUGGUGGACACCGCCCAGGACAAGAUGGCUGCCGACCAGAAGAUGACAGUGGCUUCUGUUAUCGAAGUCCAGAUUUUGCUGGACAAACACAAAGACUUUUUCCAGGGUCUGGAAUGCCAUAUGAUCCUCACCCAGACGUUCUACGGUAAAGUGUCCGGUCUCGUGGCUCAACGGGAAAGCCAGGCCAUGGAGGAGAUAAUGGCCUCAGCCCACAGUGUGCUCAAACAGGCCCACAGGAGGGGAGUGGAGCUGGAGGGCAUACUAGAGUCAUGGAGCAGGCUUGUGGAAGACUACCAGGCUCUGUGUAGACAGCUGGAGGCGGUGGAGUGUAGCAUACCCACUGUAGGUCUAGUGGAGGAGACGGAGGAAAGACUUGUUGAAAGGAUCGCUCUCUUCCAGCGCCUAAAGGCCAGCCUGACGGAGCAUCAGCCCCAGCUGUACCAGUUCCUGGAGGAGGGCAGACAGCUCCUCCUCUCUGUUGGCUGCUCAGACCUGGAGAACCAGCUGACCCAGCUUGGAGACCACUGGCUCUCCUCGACAACCAAGGUCAACAAGGAGCUGCACCGCCUCGAUUCCACGCUGAAACACUGGAGCAGGUACCAGAGUGAGUCGGCACAGUUGAGCCACUGGUUGCGGUCUGCUCUGGACCAGCUGGAGUUCUGGACGACUCAGUCAGUCACCGUGCCUCAGGAGCUGGAGACCGUCAGAGACCACCUCUACGCCUUCCUGGAGUUUUCCAAAGAGGUGGAUGCCAAGUCGUCCUUGCGCUCCUCUGUGCUGAGUACAGGCAACCAGCUCCUGCGAUUGAAGAGAGUCGACACAGCUAGUCUCAGGACGAUGCUCGGCCAAAUCGACACUCAGUGGGCUGAGCUGCUGACUCGUAUCCCAGUAGUACAAGAGAAGCUACACCAGUUGCAAAUGGAGAAGCUGGCAUCCCGACAUGCCAUCACAGAGCUGAUGAGCUGGAUCUCUCUCAUGGAGAACAUCAUACAGGAGGACAAGGACAGAAUAAUGGCAGCUGUAGGCUCAGAAGUGGUCCAGGACUUUUUGCAGAAGUAUAAGGGUUUCCGCAUAGAUCUGACCUGUAAGCAGUUGACCGUGGACUUUGUAAACCAGUCGGUGCUGCAGAUCAGCAGCCAGGAUGUGGAGGGGAAGCGCAGCGACAAAACAGACUUCGCUGAGAAGCUGGGAGCUAUGAACAGACGGUGGCAAAUUCUACAAGGGCUCAUCGCUGAAAAGAUUCAGCUUUUAGAAGGAGUUUUGGAAGGUUGGUUGGAGCAUGAAAAUGGAGUUCAGGCCUUGAAAACCUGGCUCACUGUACAGGAGGAGAAACUGAAGAAGAGACACAGGAUAGAGGAUGUAGCAUCGGUGCAGACUGCACUUAAAGACUGUCAGGAGUUGGAGGAAUUGGUGAAGGAAAAAGAGAAGGAUCUAGAGAAAGCAGAAGAAAGAGGAAAUGCUCUUAUACAGGAUAAGAAAGAAGCAGCAUGCUCUGUUGUCAAAGAGACCCUCAAAGGUCUGAACCAAUCCUGGGCUCAUUUGGACCACAAGAUAAGUGAGAUGAAGGUGAGCCUGCGGUCGUUACUGGAGCAGUGGACGCUAUACCGCCGAGCUUCGGAGGAGAUAAAUGGUUACCUGAUGGAGGGGAGGUACUCUGUGUCCAGGCUGCGCCUCCUUAACGGGUCUCUGGAGGCGGUGCAGCAGCAGAUGGAGGGUCUGGAGAACAUGCAGGAGGAGAUGGAUAAACAGGAGAGCAGCCUGAGGAAAUUUGGCUCGGUAACACACCAGCUACUCACACAGUGCCACCCCUCUGUGGCUGAAACACUCAACACAGCGCUCCGAGACUUCAACAUUAGGUGGAACAGUCUCCUGGAGCAGAUCUCAGAGCAGCUGAGGAGCAGUAAGGCUCUGCUGGGGUUGUGGCAGCGCUACAGGUCAUCAUGUGGCCAGUGUGUGACGUCAGUGCAGAAACAGGAAGCACGUGCCGACCGUCUGCUGAAGAGCGCCACCGACAGUGAGAUCACAGAGGAGGAGAGCAGUGCCUGGAUAAUGGACUGCGAUGCGUGCAUCGCGGACCAAGCCUCCGUGCAUCAGUCCCUCCGGCAGCUGCAGGCUUUAGGGGAGCAGCUGAAGAUCCAAGUUGACGCCUCGUCCUCAGCAGCCUUACAGUCCGACCAUCUGUCACUCACACAUCGCCUAGCAACACUUGAGCACGCCCUUAACAGGCAGCAGGAAGUACUGCAGUGUGGAUCUCAGGCCUGUGAGGGUUUCAGAGAGCAGAUGGACGCACUGAUCCGUAAGGCUGAGGAGGCCGAUGAGGUGCUGAAGGAGUCGGACCCGGUCGGCUCCCCAGAGCUCACUGUGGUGCAGACGCGUAUGGAACAACUGAAGGUUCCCUUACUGAAGCUGAGCAGUUUGUCUCCGGACCUGGAGCGUGUGAAUGAGUUGAUGUACAGACUGCCGGUCAGCGACAGAGACGUUAAACGGCUGCAAAGUCUCAACAGAGCCUGGGCCACUCACUCUGCUCACCUCACCGAGAGAUUCAGUAAACUGCAGGCAGUGUUGCUGCAGCAGCAGAGUUUCCUGCAGAAGUGUGAGGCGUGGAUGGACUUCCUGUCUCAGACUGAACAGAAGCUGGCUGCUGAGAUCUCAGGAAACUACCAGAGUCUGCUGGAGCAGCAGAGAGACCAUGAGUUGUUCCAGGCAGAGAUGUUCAGCAGACAACAGAUUCUCUACUCCAUCAUCAGUGAUGGUCAUCAGAUGUUGGACCAGGGACAAAUGGAUGACAGGGAUGACUUCAGUGUGAAGCUGGCCCUGCUGAGCCACCAGUGGCAGGGUGUGGUGAGGCGGGCCCAGCAGAGAAGAGGCAUCAUUGACAGUCUGGUCCGACAGUGGCAGAACUACCGGGAGAUGUCAGAGAAGCUGCUGCAAUGGCUUCAAGAAGUGACUCGUGAUCCAGAUGUGCAUCAGCCAGGAGAACCCGUCGCCCUGCAGCAGGCCAGAGACCUGUUGGAUCAGAUUCAGCUGAGGGAGCGCGUGCUGCAGCGGCAGCAGGGGUGCUACAUCCUGGCGGUGGAGGCCGGCCGCAGCCUGCUGCUGUCGGCUGACUCCCGGGCCGAGUCCACCCUGCAGACUGAGCUGAUGGACAUUCAGGAGAGGUGGAGGCACGCUCACCACCGCCUGGACCAGCAGAGGAGGGAGCUGCACGGCAUGCUCAAGAACUGGGAGAGAUGUGAGAAGGGCAUAAAUGCAUCACUCGAGAAACUGAGGGCCUUCAAGAAGAAGCUGUCUGUGCCACUGCCCGACCUCCACGAGGAGCUGCACUCAGAGCAGAUCAGAUGCAAGGAGUUGGAGAGCAGUGUUGAUGGCUGGACUGAUGACCUCACUUCCUUGUUCCUGCUGAGGGACUCCCUGGAGGGUUUGGUUAGUGCAGAUGACAUCACAGUCCUACAGGAACGCCUCCUGCUGCUCCAGCGUCAGUGGGGGGAGGUCAGCCACCAGCUGACCCUACGCAGGCAGCAGGUGAGCGAGAAGUUGAACGAGUGGGCCGUGUUCAAUGAGAAGAACAAGGAGCUAUGUGAAUGGCUCACACAGAUGGAGAGCAAAGUCUCUCAGAAUGGAGACAUCAGCAUUGAGGAGAUGAUCGAAAAGCUGCGAAAGGACUACCAGGAGGAGAUCAGUGUGUCUCAGGAGAACAAGCAGCAGCUGCAGGUUAUGGGCGAGCGCCUGUCCAGGGCCAGCCAAGACAGUAAGGCGGCCGAGAUCCAACACAAACUGAGCAAAGUCAGCGAGCGCUGGCAGCACCUGCUGGACCUCAUCGCUGCCAGGGUGAAGAAGUUGAGGGAGACCCUGGUGGCGGUGCAGCAGUUAGAUAAAAACAUGAGCAGCCUGCGUUCAUGGCUCUCUCACAUCGAGACGGAGCUGUCCAGGCCCAUCGUCUACGACACCUGCGACGACCAGGAGAUUCAGAGGAAACUCAAACAGCAGCAGACGCUGCAGAGGGACAUAGAGAAACACAGCACCGGUGUGGCAUCAGUAUUGAACCUUUGUGAAGUCCUGCUCCACGACUGUGACGCCUGCUCCACGGAAACGGAGUGUGACUCCAUCCAGCAGGCCACCAGAGGGCUGGACCGACGCUGGAGGAACAUCUGUGCCAUGUCCAUGGAGAGGAGGCUCAAGAUUGAGGAGACGUGGCGGUUGUGGCAGAGGUUUCUGGAUGACUACUCCAGGUUCGAGGAUUGGCUGAAGACUUCGGAAAGAACAGCAGCUCUGCCUAACUCCUCUGGAGUUCUGUAUACUGUCGCUAAAGAAGAGCUGAAAAAGUUUGAGGCCUUCCAGCGCCAGGUGCAGGAGUGCCUGACCCAGCUGGAGCUCAUCAACAAACAGUACCGUCGUCUGGCCCGGGAGAACCGCACCGACUCCUCCCUGAGACUCAGGGAAAUGGUGCAUGACGGGAACAGAAGAUGGGAUAACCUGCAGAAGAGGGUGGCCGCCAUCCUACGCAGACUCAAGCACUUCAUUGGGCAGAGGGAGGAGUUUGAAACGGCGCGAGACAGCAUCCUCGUGUGGCUGACAGAGAUGGACCUGCAGCUCACCAACAUAGAGCAUUUCUCCGAGUGUGACGUACAGGCCAAGAUCAAACAGCUCAAGGCGUUCCAGCAGGAGAUCUAUCUGAACACGGGGAAGAUCGAGCUGGUGUUCAGGCAGGGUGAAGCUCUGAUUGAGAAGAGUGAACCUCUGGACGCAGCCGUCAUCGAGGAAGAGCUGGAGGAGCUGCAGAGAUACUGCCAGGAGGUGUUCGGACGAGUAGACAGAUACUACAAGAAACUCACCCGCCUGCCUCUGGCCGAUGAUGAGCUGGAUGGCUCAGACAGAGAGCUGGACAUGGAGGAGGGGGGCGAGCUCUCUGACCUGCAGUGGGCCGACCCCUCUCUGCCUCGGACGUCCAGCCGCCAAGCCUCUGGUACGACCGCCCUCAUACGGGCAGACCGCUCGGGACGAGACACCCCCGCAAGCGUGGACUCCAUCCCACUGGAGUGGGACCACGACUACGACCUGAGCCGAGGACUGGACAGCCCGGGAGGACGAGGCCUGGUGGAGAGCAGCCGAGGGCCGGAGGAGGAGGAGGAGUACCUGAGGACGGCUGCCGCAGUGCUGUCAGAUGUAGUUAUUCCAGAGAGCCCAGAGGCCUAUAUAAAACUGACUGAGAACACAUUGAAAUCGUCCUCUGGUGAUCCGGGUCAGCUGGAGGCCAGCCUCAGGCAGCUGGACCAGGCUCUGGACGCCGGGCGGUUCCACCUCCAGCAGAGAAAGGCCACCGCCAGCAGCUCCAGCCCCGACAGGGACUCCACCUACAUGGGCUACAUGCGUCUGAUGGGAGAGUGUCGCGGCAGUAUAGACGCAGUGAAGAGAGCAGAGGGAGAGCUGACUGAAGACGAGGACGACAUGCCGGGACUCAUCAACCCCACCAGCACCGACACUCAGAGUGCAGGUGUGAUCGAGCGCUGGGAACUGAUCCAGGCUCAGUCUCUGAGAGAGAAGCACAGGCACAAGCAGAACCUGCAGCAGUGGCAGCAGCUGAUCUCAGAUCUGCAGAGCAUGAGGGCCUGGCUGGGUCAGUCUGAGGCCGAACUCAACCAGCUGCGAGGACUCCAGCUCAGCACCGACAUACUCACCAUCCAGCAGAGAAUCAAGAAACUCAAGGAGCUUCUGAAGGGAGUGGACGCCCACAAGUCAGAGGUGCUGUCCAUCAACCUGAGCAGUGCAGACUUCCUCCAGUCAGAGCCCGACUCUGAGGAGGCGUGGGAGUUGAGGGACGGGCUGAAGGAGAUGAACGCCCGCUGGGACCGUCUGGGCUCCUCCCUGGAGGACUGGAGGGGGGAGCUGCAGAGGGCGCUGAUGCAGUGCCAGGAGUUCCAUGAGACGAGCCACGGCCUGCUGCUGUGGCUGGAGAACAUCGACCGCAGGAGGAACCAGGUGGUGCCCAUCCCCCCAAACCUGGACCGUGAAGAGUUACGAGCCCACCACAAAACACUUACGCAAAUCAAGCGUGAGCUGCUGGACUCGCAGCAGAAGGCCUCGUCUCUGCAGGAGCUGUCCUCUCAGCUGCUGGUGGACACUAAAGCCUCGGAGCGGAUCCAGAGUCAGGGCAGCGAGUGUCUGGAGGCGCAGGAGAAGGUGCACGUGAUCCUGAACCGACUGAGGCUGCUGCUGAGGGAGGUCAGCGGCGACCUGCAGGGGCUGGAGAGGAGGCUGCAGACCCCCGCCACGCGGCAGGAUUGCCUCUCUUUGCCUGUUGGUCCAUCAGAGAUGUGCGGAUCAGCUGCUGAGUCAGAGGUGACCGUGCACAGUCACAAACGCUUGCCCCGAGGCAAAAGUAGUCAGGCCCACCCCGGACCCCCUGAGAGCGGCCCGCGCCACAGCCGAAGCAAAUCCCCCGGCGCCGCUGGCUGCGUUUCCUCCCGUUCUGACCUCCAGGAUGGCGUCUCCUCCUCCUCUUCCUCCUCCUCCUCUAAAGGCCAGUCCUUCCUGCUGCGGGUCCUCAGGGCUGCGCUUCCCGUCCAGCUGCUCCUCCUCUUCAUCAUCGGCCUGGCCUGCCUGGUGCCCAUGACGCAGGAGGACUACAGCUGUCACCAUGCCAACAACUUCGCCCGCUCUUUCCAUCCAAUGCUGCGCUACACCAACGGACCUCCGCCCAUAUGAGAAGCAGCCAAUCAUCUACCUGCUGCUUUGCCAAGGACUCCUGAAUGUCUCCUCUUCACCCCGUGCCCUAAAGCAACAAACUCUUCUUUGCAUCAUGAAGUGACUCAGAGGUGAUAUGAAGACUUCCCUAUCUAACAAGGCACACUCACCUCAACCCUUUAAACCCCCUGCAGAAUACAUGGAGCUUCAUCUGGAGACCCCAUCUCCAAAUAACACUUUUAACUUAAAUGUGUACAUUAUUUUAUAAAGUUUUCUGAACAAACCUGAGAGAUCAAUGAAAACAAAGCACUAUUUAUAUACUGUAUGUAUGUUGGGAGCCAAAGUCCACCGUGCUUUUUGUCCAUGAUAUCCAGAGCUGCUACUAUUUAUUUAGUGUUCAAUCAAUUAUUAGAUUGUAUGUUUUGAUGAAGCACCACCCUGAGAGUGGGGUAUUGUACCUUUUCAAUUGUACAGUGGACCUGCAGCUUGAGUAGCAAUCACUCACAGCCUCGGAAGUUUGUUUCACAAGACACAUUUGAAGACAAUGCAACAACGGAAACAGGAGUGCUUUCUGAAGGAUGAUCCGAAGUUUCUGCUUGAAUUUGGAAAAGAAGUCGACGUAAAUGACGUUAAAGCAAAACAUCUGAACCUCGAGCACUGAUGUGAGCACUGUCGAAGGUACUGCACUGAAGCCGUCCAGCCAAGAUGGCCGACUUCUUUCUCCAAAAGCCAACGCUUAAAUUCCUGUUUUUAAUUUCAAUAUUUAAUCAAGGAGGGCAAAUAUUUUAAACGAGUUAUGAGCUCUCAACUGAUUUGUAUAUUUUUGUUAAAAUGCCUUCAUAAAGGCAGUUAUUUUGUAUCUUUCUGCUUGAGCAUGCACUUCAAAGUCCCUGCUUUUAAGAAAGCCAAACAAUCACUGGUAGUUUUAGUAGACGGCUGCGACAGGAAACUGAGCUUUGUAAUAACUGCGAUAAUUGUUCUGCGGUGAUGACGAGACAUUGCAUCACUGCGUUGGUAAAACAGAAUCUGUAAAAACUGAUCAAAUAUUAAAAUGGUUAUUUAUGUAUGUACAGUUUGCUAAUGCUGACUUCAUGAAGAAUACUCUUUGCAAAUAAUAAAACAUAAAAUAUUUA